AUGCGGCCAGAAAUCAGCUCGUACAUUAAGAAGCACAUAUGUAUCUUUGGAGCAGUUCCUCCCUACACGUGUAGGGACUUAUCGAGGUGGGGCAAGGCGAGUAUUGGAUGGAUUUCUCUUUUCCCCGCAGCUGUUUCGGACGAUGAGUUCUAUGACGGAUCCUCCACAGAGAGCGCCCUGAUGAGUGAAGAUUCUGGGCCGGAUGAUGAGGACAGCACGGACCAGUCUGAGGAUGAAGAUGAUGAUAGCAAUGCUGUCGUACGAUGUGUUUGUGAAAUGGAUGAAGAAAACGGGUUUAUGAUUCAGUGUGAAGAGUGCCUCUGUUGGCAGCAUGGCGUCUGCCUGGGGCUACUGGAGGACAAUGUCCCAGACCAGUACGUGUGCUACAUCUGCCGUGAUCCACCAGGUGAGAGCUGGAGUGCCAAGUAUUGUUACGACAAAGACUGGUUGAGGAACGGACAUCUGUACGGCCUGUCCUUCCUCAGUGAGAAUUAUUCACAGCAGAACGCAAAGAAAAUUGUGUCGACACACCAGCUGCUGGCUGACGUUUACAGCAUGGCUGACGUGCUUCAUGGACUACAAAUGAAGAUCAAUAUCCUGCAGAGCAGGAAGCACCCUGACCUGCAGCUGUGGGCUCAGCCCUGCAUCAAGUCGACACGAGAGGCAGGUGUUGGUGGCCAGGUGAGGGCGUGGCGAGAUGGCCACGGGACGGUGCUGGCUGACAAGGCGUGUCACGGGCAGAGUGGGAGGUGGAGAGGCCGCAGAGAGGCAGCC